CUUCUGCUUCGUUGUGAGUGCGUGUAUAAGAGAACAAAAAGAGUUCGCGUAACGUUCAUAAUCCUUGAAACCUCAUCGAAGAAAAAAACUCAUUUGCUUAUCCUUCGAUACAGGAAAAAAAACAUUAAAUGUCACAGAUUCUCGAUAAUAUCUCAGAGACCAUCCCUUCCAUGACAUCACCUCCUUCGCUUAGCUGUCUCUCUAUUUAAGAUCUCUUCAUGCAACUCUAACACCCCAUUAAAAAUUACAAAAAUAAAAAGAAAACAAAACCCCAAAAAAAAAGAAGAAAAAAAAAGAAUUGGGUUUUGUUUUUUUAUUCUUUGUAACAUCCAGAUAUGGAGAGAGCCUCUUCUUCCUCUGACUCAUCAUCCAUGGCUUGUUCUUCUUCUUCUUCUGAUCAGUCUCUUUCCAUCAACUCCGACCAAACCUCACCUUUCGUGGCUUCAUCAUCUAUGCUUUCCCGCACGUCAUCCUCUUCUUCCUCCGCCGUAGGAGACUACAUCGGGACAGAGAGCUGCUUCGACAUACUCUCAGCCGACGAAGGAAACGACGUCGUCUCCGUCCCGUCGGAGUCUGUAAAGAGCCGGUUUCGUUACGGAGGAAGGAGGAGGGAGGAGAGAGAGGCUAGAGCUGCGGCGGCGCGUGAGUUUCCUCCUCCGAUACCGUUGCUUGCUCAGACUGGGAAUCUUCUCCCGCACAUGCCGUGGGUUCUUAAGCGUGUGGUGACGAGCGACGGGAGGCUUAUCCUGAGAGAAGAGAAGGUUCGUCAUCACGAGUAUUUUCGUGCGGAUAGAUCCAAUGGUCGUCUCACUCUCCACCUUGUUCCUCUAGACGAUGACGUUUUCGAACUUCCUCAAGAACCCUCUCAUUACCAAACUGAUGAUGACGAUGAUGAUGAUCAUGAGGAGGAGGAGGAGAACGACGAAGAUGAUGGAAAUGAGUGUGAUGAUGAUGAUCAUCAAGAUGUUGAUUUGGAUGAUCUGGCGGAUACUUUAAAUAAGAGUGUUACUAUUACUUCCCCUAAUGUUGAUGAUGAUGAGGAUAAGGGCAAUGUGCAUGGUGAGAUUGAAGAUGGAUAUAGGAAGGCGAUAUUAGCGGCGGUGGGAGUGGAGGAGACGGUGGUGGAUAGUGGAGUGUUGAUUGGAGGAGGAGGCGGAGGAGGAGGAUCGCCGAGAGGAAAGUGUUUAAAGUCAUGUUUUGUUGGUAUGAGAAUUCAAGAGAUCAGACCAGUUCUUAGUUGAUUAUUAUUUAUUUAUCAAGUAGUCCUUGUUAAUUUAGCUUCGUAUGUUUUGGCGGAGAAGAAAAUUGUUAUCGAAGAGAGUAAUAAAAAUCACUACCGGCUUAAUUGUUAAUCUAUGAAUAUUAGAGAGUUUUUUUCAUAAAAAGGUUGUUUAUUACUACUACUGUAAUUUUCAGAGAACUGUGGUGUAAUUUAUCUUCUUUGAGAAAUUCUUGUAGGAUGAUGUUACGAUUUUUUAA